AAUGAAAGAAUAAAUUUUUAGAUGCCAGUGUGAUUAUGUGUGGGGUCUCUUAGGUGGCUGCGGCAUCAUCCUCGUGUGUUGAACAUGAAGUUUAAAGAAGGAGUGAAACGAGCUGAGAAAUCCAAUGCCAUUGACAACUUUGUUUGUGGUACUGUGGGCAAAGAUAUGCCGGAAUCACAGUUUGCAGCGGUACUUGAGGAGAUUCCAGCCCCAUUGACUGAGGAAGAAAAGGAGUCCUGGAUAAAGAAGCUGAAUGGCAUUGCACUAUCCUCAGAUGCUUUCUUCCCAUUCAGAGAUAAUGUUGACCGAUCAAGACAGAGUGGUGUUGAUUUCAUCGUAAGUCCAGCAGGGUCUACCAACGACAGCCUGGUGGUGGAUGCCUGUGAUGAGCACGACAUGGUUCUUGUACAUUCAAAUAUCCGGCUCUUCCACCAUUAACAUAGAGGAUACUGUAAUAUUAAAUACGUACCAUUCUUUUCAGUCCUGGUUUGCCGAGCUAACAAUAUUACAGUAUUGUACUGUAGUAUUCAUCACUUGCGUAGCUUUGCAGAAUACAGUACAUGUAUUUAAAUUGUUCUUUAGAAACUUGUUUACACUUUGUUUAUUAUUAGAUCUAUAUAUACAGUAUUGUAUUUUCAAAUAAAUCUAAUUCAGUA